AUGGUUAAUGCUCCAAUCGACGGUAACAUCCCAGCUUCUAAUCUCACGAGUCCUUCCAAUGCGAACGGAGUGGCUUUGAACAACCCGCCCACCAACUCCAGCGAUCUUUGUGCUGUAUACCCACUCGAUCAAUCGACUUGGAAUCAAUUCCAUUGGGAUGAUUAUCUACAUACAUUCCCCGCGGGGAUGAACAUAUCCGUUCAAGAGUACGCUCGGCAAAAAGGCGCACCUAAUUUUAAGUGUGGCAUUGGCGAGAAUUGUAACAUUGGUCAGAUUUGCACUCCAGUCACCUUCCCAGACUGGUACAUUUUACUUGCAACCCAGCAUCUCAACAUGUACCUCAAUAGGAUGUACAAUGUCCUUGGUUAUGCUCAUGCGUUAACACAAAGUACUGUGUCUUCACUGUGGAUAGAUCUAUUCCCAGCUGUUUCAAAGUAUGAUGAUCUCAAAGCUGUCUUCAUCAUGGAGACCAUCGCAGCAGGAAUUCAAGUCCUAGGAGCCCUUUUCAUCUUUGUUUUUGGAAACCCGGCUUUACUAUUCACUGCAACACCAUUUGUUCUCACUUCGGUCGUCAGCUUGCCAUUUACUGGCUUUAUGUUGGCUUCAUUGGCUGCGAUUAUCGCCGCUCAACUCACGCUACGCCCUCAUAGCAUUUCUGGACCACUACAAACCAAUCAGUUUGACCUCUGGUCUGAAUUUAACUACGAACUCUCGCAAACUCAACACUCCGCACAAGAGCUCCUUGCAAACAAAACUGCGUCUCUUUUUGAAGCAGGAAUUAGUUCGGACGACGGAUUGGGCCAAGCUCUCAGGAAUGGUACUUUCCUUAAUCCCAUAGAACUCAAAAACACUUUCGAGAUUCAACACAACGUGAAAAAUGCCACGACAGCCAUCGCUUUAUCCAAGCUCUUGAAAGCAAUGAAUUCAUUCGUGACUAUUGGAAGCGACCCAUGCGACCCGAAAGAUAAUGAGGCAAAAUGGCAUGACCACAAGCUAUCGCAUUGCAGUGCCAACGGAACUUUAUUCAAUAUCAUUCGUACUGUUCCCCAUACUACCAAAGCGAUCAACGAUUUUGAAAACGCACGUGUAAUUGUAGAGAAAUAUGGAUUUAACCCUGAACACAUUGGCGAAGUCUCAUUUGAAUGUCAGCAAAAGUAUGGGGUAGGAGCUGUCAAUCGCACAAUGACACCCUUGGAUCCAUCGUAA